AUGUAUGGGGAGAUUGCCUGUGAUGCACGUUUGCUUGCUGGGAGGGCUGUGGAAAUGGAGGAACUUGAAAAACGGUUUGGGGCGCACUUGUGUUUGUCAGAGAGAGAGCACAAGGGUCUCGUCUUUGAGGAAAAGGAUAUUGGUGAUUUAUGGAAAGGUUCUCAGUUUACGUUGGUGGCUAGGGUUGUGACUCAUAAGUCUGUGAAUCGAGAGGCAUUUGGAAGUGUUUUCAAGGUUAUGGAGCGGGAGUGA